AUGACGUCGCCGGUGACGACGCACGCCUCGCCCUUCCUGCUCGCCCUGCUCCUGCUCCUCUCCAUCCCGGUCGUCUUCCUCCUCGGGCCGCGCCUCCUCCCGCCCAAGACGCUCCCCGCCAUCCCGGACGCCGACGAGUCCGACGACCUCGCCCUCUUCCGCCGCGCCAUCCUCUCCUCUUCCUCCGCCAAGCCGGCCACCACCUCCUACUUCUUCCACCGCCGCCCUCGGCCCAAAGUCGCCUUCCUCUUCCUCACCAACUCCGACAUCGUCUUCUCGCCGCUCUGGGAGAAGUACUUCCGUGGCCACCGCAAGCUGUUCAACCUGUAUGUCCACGCCGACCCCUACUCCGUCCUAGAGCUGCCGCCCACGCCCACCUUCCGCGGCCGCUUCGUGCCAGCCAAGGCCACGCAGCGAGCCUCCCCCACGCUCAUCUCUGCCGCCCGCCGCCUCCUCGCCACCGCACUCCUGGACGACCCGUCCAACCAGUUCUUUGCGCUGCUGUCCCAGUCCUGCAUCCCGCUGCACCCGUUCCCCACCAUGUACAAGACACUCCUCUCCGACAAUGCUGGCCCUCACGGCCACCACCGCAGCUUCAUAGAGAUAACGGACAACACCUCCAUCCUUCAUGAUAGGUACUAUGCCCGCGGUGAUGCUGUGAUGUUGCCAGAGGUGCCGUAUGACCAGUUUCGUGCUGGAUCGCAGUUCUUUGUGCUCACUAGGAGGCAUGCCAUCAUGGUUGUGAGGGACAUGCGGCUCUGGAAGAAGUUUAAGCUGCCUUGUCUGGUCGAGCGCAAUUACUCGUGCUAUCCAGAGGAGCACUACUUCCCCACAUUGCUGGAUAUGCAGGACCCUGCUGGAUGCACCAAGUAUAGCCUCACGAGGGUGAACUGGACAGAUCAAGUCGAGGGCCACCCACACACGUAUCAUCCUGGGGAGGUGUCGGCCAACUUGAUCAGGGAGCUGAGGAAGUCAAAUGCGAAAUACUCAUACAUGUUUGCACGGAAAUUUGCCCCGGAGUGCCUCGAGCCGCUGAUGGAGAUUGCGGACUCAGUCAUCCUACGUGACUAG